UGUCGCCGGAGAGUUCAGGGGAAGGGAACUUGUGAAGAAGUACGUAAGCAGUGGUUUGUGAUGUACAUAUGACACACGGAAUGUAAUGCUGUUACUUGAGGCUAGUCUGCUGUGAUAUAUUUCGAUUGGAUUUUUGCACAUCUGACCAUCUAUUGAUUUAAGUGGCAAUUCCUGCAAGUAACGUAAUGGCAUUUAAAUAAAUGACCUCAUUUUUUUCGGCAUUAUAUAUUGCAUCAUGACAAAGAUUAUAGAAGGUUUGGCUGCAUUUUAAAGGACUCAAAUUGAAAAGGAGCAGAUAAUACAAGAUAUGCUGAAGUUUAUCAAUUAGUCCCAUUUAAAGGUUGAGGUUUAAUUAGCAACAGCAGCAUCAUGACAGGUGGAUGGUCUGAAAAUGAUCCAGAAACUCUUCAGAGCCUCUGUAUGAGAUACUGCGCCAAUAAUUUAGGAGUGCUUUGUAACCUUGACCAAAAAACCAAUCACUUGUCUCUUAAGGAUGGCAUUUGCCUGCCUCUGGAAUUAUGCGAGGGACUUCUGAAAGCCUACAGAAAGGAGACUUACGACAGUAAUUUAGAUGGGUUUCUUGGCUUGUUUGAGAACACUGAACACACCCACCUAAAACAUUUAAAUUUGAGAGACAGUUGGGUUAUGGACGAUUUAGUGACCAGGCUUCUUAAACAUGAUGUUGUAGAACUGGACAUAUCUGGGUGUCCUAACCUGACUAGUGCUGUCAUUGAGCAAGGUAUAAAUAAGUAUGGGAAAAAUCUGCAGGUGCUGCAUAUAGGGAACUCAGUUCAGAUACUCAACGGCAUAGAUCUGUCAUGCAGAAUACUCUCUGACGAGUUUGAUGAUGAAAUGGACUCACUGGCAGAAGUAAUGGGGCAUUCUGGUGAUGUUCAUUCUGUAGGAGAUGUGCCUAACAUGGAGACAGACAAUUCUUUUUCAGAAUCAGAAUCGGAGUCCUCUUCGUCACCCUCGGGAUAUGGUAAAGAUUACAUAUUUGACUGCGUAGAGAUGAAAGCGUUCAGCCUUCAUGGUCUUAAGAUGUCAGGGAGCCACGACAUGAUUGCCACCAUUUUGGCGCCUUUCAAACAGCUGCGCCACCUGGAUUUGUCGCAUUGUCAUAUCUGUGUAGAGCUGAUGGAUUGUUUGACAAACUUGACGGAGUUGUUGGCCCUGAUUCUGUACAGUGUUCCUAUUGAUAACCUUAAAGGGGCAUUUGAGAAUAUAGGGCAGCUGACAAAGUUGAGGCACCUUGAUCUGUCCCAGUGUGAGGAGAAUCCCGUGAUGUAUGCAGAUGAUAUGGUGAAGUGCCUGGGCACCCUGGUCAAGAAACUACCCCACUUGACCUCCCUGGACCUGUCAGGAACCAAUCUGGCCGGGUUUGAGAAACCCCAGGACGUCUCCCAUAAAUUGGAAGGAAGAGCAGCUGCCCAAAACAAGUUGUACGCGUGCGGCAUCCCAGGGCUAGAGGGCAGAAGGCUGGAGUUUCUCGGACUUCUCAACUGUGCUCACGAAGCCUGCAGGAGGGAGAACAUUCCUGCCCUAAAGGUGACAGGAGAUGACAACGAGAACCAGAUCAUUCUCAGCGUGCAGGUGUACCAAGACAAGCCCAAACUGCUGCUGAAGGCACUAAACCACCUGUACCAGCAUUUUAGAAUCGACCUGGUGACCAGACAGAGAGAUGCUUUGAUGGCAAUAUUGGAUGCAAUGGAGAGACAGCCCCAUGACAGGAGCAUACAGAUCUCAGGAAGUGCUUCCCUGUUUUACAUUGUAAAAGGAAGUGAAAAGGGGUACCUGAAUGUGAAAAACAGAAGACGUCUAGUGAUGGCAUUGUUAGAUGCUAUGGAGUAUCAUGUGGAUGAGGACACUAUGCUGAGAAAUGGUUGUCUUACCCUUUGUCAUUUCAACAUCCCACAAGAUGUGGUGUUUGCCUACGAGAGAGUGGUCAACCUGCUUCUGAACAUAGUGGGUGACCACGAGGAGUUCAUCCAGAGGAUCAGUAUUUACCUUCUGAACAGUCUGGCCUGCAAAGUGGACGACAAGGAGAAGCUGUUGGUGGGAGACUUGGGAGCCAUCACUACCAUGCUUGACAUCAUACGGGACAGACUGCGACGCAAAGUCUGCGACGAGGUGAUGGAGAUCUCGUGGAGCAUGAUGUGGAAUGUCACAGACGAGACAGCGAAGAACAGUGAGCGUUUCAUCGAGAAAGAUGGCAUGAAUCUAUUUUUGGAGUGUUUGAGGACAUUUCCGGACAAAUCUGGUCUCCUGAGAAACAUGAUGGGAUUAAUAGGUAAUGUUGCUGAAGUUCACUAUCUUCGCCCAAAACUGAUGCAGUAUGAAUAUGUGUCAGUGUUCAAAGCUCUCCUGGAUUCUGACAGUGAUGGUAUUGAAGUAAGUUACAACGCAGCGGGCGUACUGUCACACAUGGCAUCAGAUGGAGCGGAGGCGUGGACCUUGACGGAUCUUCCUCGUAGCCAGGUGCUCCGAGCCAUGGUGAAUGCCAUUCAGAGGUGGGACCUGAACACAAACAGGAAUAUCAAUUAUAGAUCUUUUGAGCCAAUUCUACGCCUUUUGAAGUGCCGGCAUACUCCAGAGGCAAUGCACUGGGCCGUCUGGGCUUUGGCCAACCUCACUAAAGUUUAUCCUGAAAAGUAUUGCAAACUUGUUGAGAAGGAGAAAGGUCUUGAGUUGUUGGAAAGUUUGAUGUCCACUCCUCAGCUUUAUGACAGUAUUAAGUCGCUGGCUUCUGAUGUCAUAGCCAGGUGUAAGGAGUAUAAGAACAGGCAUGGCCAGGACAUGGAAUGUGCUGGGGAGGAGGCCGUCUCUUCUGAUGGAGACAUGGAUUGAUGCUACAUGGACGCCUGGCUUGGUUUUUUAGAUUUCAGCCUUGGCUUGAGGAAUCAUUAAUAGUAGCCAUGGCUUUGAAAUUGGUCAUUUCAGUUCAGUUUUGCUUAAAAUUGACUUAAAGUGUGAUAAUCAGACUACGUUCUAGCAAGAUGAAAUAGUUUGCAGCUGUGGAUGAAAACUGAAAGUCAAGAUGGUUCAGCUUGUCCCUAACCAAAAGAUGUUGGGAAACAAAAUGAAGAAAUCAGUAACUCUAACUGUGGCUGGAAUAGCAGGACACUGUACAGGCCUGUAGCCUGCAAUUUCACAAGGAAGGUUCUUUUCCUGAAAAAAGUGGAACCUUUGAGUACCUAAGGAUAUUGUGUCCAGAGACGACUUUUUUCCAUACAAAAAUGGCCUGACUGUUAGCUUGCUGCGUUAUGCUAUUUCUUGGAUAUAGAGUUGAUUGCUAUCAAGUAAAAUGCUCCCUUGAUGACAGAGUCGUGAUAAAGACAGUUGGUUUUUUCUCAUGUCGUAGUAUGUAAAGAUUGUAUUACUAGAGUACAACAAGACUUUUUUGUACACCUUUCCUUCAUAUGUGUAUUAUAGUGCAUUGGAUAAUUCUAGAAACUAAUUAUCUCGAGUCAUUAUUAUAUCCAAAUUUAAACCAACAUAUCUUACAUUCACACACCUCUAUUUUAAACCACAAAAGAAUUUGAAAAGUAGUCUAAACUCUAAGACCUAAAAUUUUCUAAUUUACAGAAAGUAAGUUUUGGUCUGAGCCAUUAUUUAGCCUUGCCUUUCUUUUUAUGAAACAUGUGCAAUAUUGUUUAAUUGAUUGGAUGAGCAUUGAUUUAAUUUAAAUAGGUCAAAGUGGGAAAAGAUUUUGUCUUAAUGUACAGGGCAGUCCUUGGGCUAAAGUUUUUUUUUUCAAAAUAUGGCACUAAGAAUGCAGUCAAAAUAUCACUGUAUGACCAGUUAAAUUGUUCUUGUGUGUCAUCCGUGUAAAUACCUGCCCACUACACAUUGGCAAGAGUUAUUAAAUCCUACAUGUUUACAUAUGGGUUAAGCCAGAUUUCACAUCUCUGGCACUGGAAAAUCUUUUGUGUGAAUGUGAAGAAAAGUGGUUUGAUAUUUGAAUGACCACAGGAGGAUACCUUUGUCAUUGCAAGUUUAUUUUGAUGUCAUAUGCUGGCCUUAUUGUUGGAGUCCCACUCCAAACUUACUCCCACAGUACCUACAUAUAUCAAAGAAACUGACCCUUACAGUGUGGUUUCUCUAAUAUGAGUCUGUAUCUAGCCUAUUGUAUUCAGUGGGAAUUUGAGGUAAAAUGUUAUUGGCAUGGAUUUCCCACUUGUAUUUCUGCAUAGUAUAUUAUGUACAGUGUAGCUUUACUGCAGAAUAACAGUGUACUUUAUAAGUAUUGUUUAACUGUUGAUAGUUGAGUUGUUCAGUCUAGUCAGAAUGAAAGUAAGAAUGGAUUCUCCACAUGGAAGAUUGUUUUGGCAGAUUUUAACAAAAUGGUGUGGAAUUAAUAUUAUGAUAUUCAAAAUACUGUCCAAAACAAACAAACAAAGAGGAUUUGAUACAUGUUAUUGUAAGUUUAAUUUGGAAAACAUUCUGUUUUGGUUAUGUCCCAUGAUCUAAUAUCUCUGCAGCAGAUGGACUUAAUAAUGAAAUGUAUGGGUGGGUGUCUCUUGAAUGUGUUCACUUGGCAACAUUGUGGACAUGAUGUGAAAGUGAUGAUUGUGUAUCCAUAAUUUUUUUUCUUGUAUGAUUAACAUGCAGUUAGUAUACAGUUAAUUCAGACACGAGACACUGAUGUUUGUAAAUGAAUGUUUAGCUAUGUUUUGUGAUAUUUACCCCUGGUAUAAGGGGCAUCUAAAAUAGUAAACAAUUCAAUAAUUUUGUUACAUACUACUAGGCUAAGCCCACCCUGUGGCCAGUUCAUGCUAUUGGUGUGCUAUUUUAUCUUUGGCUGCUAUUACAUAGCAAACUGUUACUGUAACGGUAAAAUGAGGUUUAGUCAAGUUUUCCUUGAUUUGCAGUCAUCCUGUGCAUAUGUACAAAUACAUGUGGUAACAAAGGCCUACUAGUACUGUACAUGUAUAUGUAUGGAAUGUUAAGAUUUUAAAAGUCAUUUUGAUCUUUUCUGUAUUCAUGUAGAUAUAUAUGGAACUAUCCACGUAAAGAAUAUGACGAUAUUCAAAAUAUUUUUCAAAUUUGGCUCUUUUCUUCCCCCAUUUGUUACAGUGUAUAAGGAGAAAUCUUGGAGUUUUUGAAAAAGUCAGUUGGGAGUUUUAUUGUGAUAUACACGUAGAUUAUGUAGAGGAAUAUCGCAAUCGAAAGAUUUUAUUUCUUUUGCACGCAUGUAUCAAUAAAGGCAUGUGCAU